AUGGCCGACUCGUAUCGUACGUCCAGAAAUUUAAAACGAAAUUCCAGGAUCGGUCUCAAUGAAGGAUGGGAAGAUAAUUACAGGUUCAGUGUGUUCGAGCCGUCGGAUAACAUCACUCAGCUGGAAGAUGAUCAAUAUGAGGAAUUUAUCAGCAGAAACGAUGUCGCCUUAGUGUUGUUCUAUGAUCGCUUUCUCCCAGCCACAGAAGUCGCUAAAGAAAAUAUAAUUAAGGCAGCAAAGAUAACACAAAGACCCAUGAGCGGUUUCGGAAGCGUUGACUGUCCAACAAACAAAGAUCUCUGCGAUUCUGUGGGAGUGGACUCCUUGCCGUCGUUCAAACUGUUCUCCCGGGGCCACCUUGUCAGCACCGUCCGAGAGUUCGCAUCAUUCACACCUGACACCAUCAAAAAAUACGUGGAGAACUGUCCUAUCUUGGUGCAGGCGCUACCUCCUCGGACACUGUGUGAGCGCUAUGAGGUCUCUCCACAUCCCAAGACAACACUGAAAAAAGCGCACAGUAUGAAGCCAGUCUGGCCAGAGAAGGAAAAGGGCAGGAAGUUCUCUUGUCGCUGCAUGGGAAAAAAGAAAUGA